CUGUGAGUACUACGCGGUGACUCAAUUUUUUGGCGUGCCAUACUGGUCGAGAUUUUCAGCUGAAAUAACGUGGAAAACAGUGUUUGAAUAAACACUUGAAACGAAAUUUGAUUAUUGUCAACUUUUCUCUGAUCCAAGGUAUCUUGGAUCGAUUAAAGUGGUAUUGGCCAAAGCGUCUUUGGCGCUUACUGAUUCUCGAGAAACCGCAGAUAUAUGAAAACGUGCGAAGGCACUUUACCGACCCAAAAACUCUGACAUUCCCUUUUUGUUUUGAUUGUCUUAUCAAGGUCCUGUACACUCCUCUGUUUUUUCCUGUUGUGGAUAAACGUGCUUCCUCCGUGUCUGCUCGUUUUGCCCGUGUCACGCUUGCGUAUUGCGAUUCUGUGAGUGCCCGGUUGCUGUGUGUGCUUCUCGCGUCGUGUGUCCGCUGUGAUUGACCGUGCUGCUUUCUACCGCCGUUGAUUCGUUCCGUGCCCGUUUUCCAGCUCCCGCCGGUACCCCAUUCCAGGAACUCCGUUACAUUUGGUGACAGAGGUGGGAUCGCAAUGGAGAAGGAAAAGGUCAGCCCCCCAAAAAUGAAAUCGCAACUUCGUGUUGUUACCCAGGAUUUUUCGGAUUUUCGACCUGUGCCGAGGCAACCCCCAGUUUUUCGGCCUGGGGAUGAUUUUGACAAUUGGGAGUUUCAUGUAUCCUUAUACCUUUCCAGUAUUCCCGAAAAGCAUGUGGGCCCUUACGUUCUCAGCUUUUUGAGCGAGGAAGCCACGCGCCUCUUCCGCGCAACUGGAAUCCCUCCAACGGCGCCAGCUUCAGAAAUAUGGGAAUCACUGCGCGGACUGUUUCGGAAACAGGAAGCGGCAGUUCUGUAUAGACAGAAAUUCGCUGCUCGUACCCAACAGUCGGGAGAAACGGUCGAAGCGUUCGCGCGCGCACUUCAGGAGCUCUCCUUGAGAGCCUUUCCCGAUCUCUCCAACGCCGAGCGGGAUAAGUGGCUGGCUGAGCGUUUUUGCACCGGGUUGCACGACAGGUCCCUACGUCACCAACUAGCUGGGAUGCUGCCAUGCAGUUUCACGGAUGCCAUGAACAAGGCACAGUUCCACGAGUCCCUGGAUUCAAUGGACGAACGCGACGAGUAUGGACGGGCCACUUUGUGUUCGGCACUGAGGAACGUGUCCAUUUACGACAGCAGAGCAUCUAACUUCAACUCCACUCCGUCCAGGCGCGAUUGUUCGUACUGCCGUCGCUUUGGAAAUCGUGCGCAAUUUUGCGGACAUAACCCACCGAUCAAGCCGCGACGUUCGCAAGGUAAGUCACGUCUUCAUCCAUCCGGCUUCCUUGCGUCCACUUUUGUUCGUAAUGCUCCGUUUCGACCUUUAACCACCGUUGGCUGCCUCAAUGGUUUUAACAUCCAGUUCUUGCUUGACACCGGUGCGUCAUGUUCGUUGUUGCGUCUAGAAAUAGCCGACCGCCUCGGGGGUCACCGCGCCACUACUCAGAGAAAGCCACGAGUGUUAACGGCCAACGGGGCUGAGUUGCCCCUCGAAUUCGCAGUGUUGGCUCAAGUCCAACUGGAACAUGUUACUGCAGUACACGAGUUUCUAGUUUGUCGUAACCUAAGUUGGGACGCCAUCCUAGGGAUGGAUUUUUUGGCUAAGCAUGGAAGCUUGCUGCAGCUUGGUACCGCGAAUCUUUUACCAAAGUCCACUCCUGUCAACACGCAGCUGUGUCACUCACGGGGAGUUUGCACAGUUUUAGAAGCCACCUCGAAACCAUCACAGUUCGAGACUGAUGUCAUUGAGCCUUUGCGUAACCACAGUGGUAUUUCCCCAGACUCAAAAGCCUCACUUCUCUCUAUGCUGCGUAAUUAUGAAGAUCUGUUUUGCGACACUCAACUUGGGCGAUCCAACGUCAUCCAACACGAAAUUGAUACAGGUAGUCAGCAUCCUAUUCGCCAGCGGGCGCGAAGGGUGCCCAUUCAUUACGAAGCCCAGCUAGAUCGCAUGAUCCAGGAGAUGCUUGAUAUGCGCGUCAUUCGCCCAUCGACAUCGCCUUGGUCGUCUCCUAUCGUACUCGUGAAGAAGAAGGAUGGUUCUCUACGACUUUGUGUAGAUUACCGAAAGCUAAAAGAAGUCACCCGUAAAGACCCCUUCCCCCUCCCUCGCAUUGACGCCACAUUUGAUGCUCUUCAUGGUGCGCGAUGGUUUACUACUCUCGAUUUGGCCGCCGGGUAUUGGCAAGUGGAGGUCCGUCCGUCCGAUAGGGAGAAAACCGCGUUCAUUGUACCAUCCGGGCUGUAUGAAUUCGAGACCAUGCCCUUCGGGUUGGCUAAUGCCCCAGCUACCUUCCAGCGCCUGAUGCAGAAAGUAUUGGAGGGCCUCGUACCCAAGGAAUGUUUGAUAUAUUUGGAUGAUGUGAUAGUGCAUGGCAGGUCGGUCGAAGAGCACAACACCCGUCUACGUACAGUUUUGGAGCGGUUACGGCAAGCUGGAUUAAAGCUGAAGGGACGGAAGUGCCGUUUUCUCCGCGAGCGGGUUAACUUUUUGGGACACGUAAUCACGCCAGACGGCAUUCAAACCGACCCCGACAAGUGCGAACGGAUAAGGUCGUGGCCACAACCCAGAUCAGUUGAUGAAUUGCGUAGUUUUUGGGACUGGCAUCUUACUACCGGAGAUUUGUGCGCAGUUUUGCUUCGAUCUCGGCGCCGUUACAUCGCCUGACGGAAAAGGGACGGAAGUUUGUUUGGACGGACGAGUGUGCCGGCGCUUUCGGACGACUGAAAGAAUGCCUCACGUCGCCACCGCUGUUAAGUCUCCCGGAUACUUCCGAACGAGCUGGGCCUUUUGUCCUAGACACCGACGCCAGUAACGAGGCGAUUGGCGCUGUUUUGUCGCAGAAAACUUCUGUCGGGGAAACCGUGAUCUUUUAUGCUAGCCGCCGACUGGACAAGCGAGAGCGUAAGUAUAGCACAACGAGACGUGAGAUGUUGGCCUUGGUGUAUUUCUUGAAGUAUUUUCGACCAUAUUUACUCGGAAAACCUUUCCUUGUGCGGACUGACCAUCAAUCUCUGCAAUGGUUACAAAACUUCCGUGACCCGGAGGGACAAGUCGCGCGGUGGCAAGAACGCCUACAAGAGUACGAUUUUACCUGUGCGUACCGGCCGGGAGCACGGCAUGCCAACGCGGAUGUCCUUUCUCGAAUUCCCGCUCUGGAUGAAAUAAAUGCAGUUCUACACCACUCGGAAACUGAUACAACGUGGUCAGAGGAUCAAGCCCAGGACCCAUAUAUAUCUAACAUUUAUAUGCGGCAAGUGAAAGGAUCGUCUAAACCAUCGGGUACGGAAAUGCAAUCCCGUUCGAAAGACGAACGCUCACCAUGGGACCACUGGAGCCGAUUGAGAAUCAUUGGUGGGACGCUGUUCCUCAUGGAUGACCUGGGCCCGAAAGUGAUUACUCCUAUGUCGAGAGUGCCGGGCGUACUACAAGCAGUCCAUCAGCAGUUAGGUCACGCUGGCCAACUAAAGACGGAGACAGCCAUACGUCAACGGUAUUGGUGGCCAGGAAUCCACGCCGACGUCGUGAAGCUAUGUAACGCCUGCGAAAUCUGUGCCGCUAUCAAAUCGAAGACCCCCCUAUCCCGGGCCCCAUUGGAACCGAUAGUGGCCACGUCCCCAGGUCAGCGAGUCGGAGUCGAUCUAAUGGGGCCUUUGCCAGUCACAAGGAACGGGAACCGCCAACUCCUUGUUCUUAUAGAUUAUUUUACGAAAUGGUGCGAGGCCAUACCUAUCAAAAAUCCGGAUGCGGCAACGGUUGCGUCAGCCAUUGUAAAUGAGUGGAUUGCCCGCUAUGGCGCACCGCUGUCACUGCAUUCAGAUCAAGGCGCCGUCUUCGAGAGUCACCUGCUUCAGGAGGUGUGUCGGCUGCUCUCGGUGAGGAAGACACGUACCACAUCGUAUCAUCCACAAGGGAAUGGAUUAGUAGAGCGCACCAACCGAACUAUAAAAGGGAUUUUGCAGAGUUUCCUGGAGCGGCACCAGUCAGAUCGAUGGGACGAAGCUAUUCCACAAUGCAUGAUGGCGUAUCGAGCGUCUGUGCAUGCAACCACGGGGUAUUCUCCAGCCUUCCUGACAUUUGGUCACGAGCUUCGUUUGCCUCUGGAGCUGAUAUCCCCUAUUCCCCCAAUCGAGGCUUGUUCUCUGUUAGACUACGUACGACAGCUUGGCGAACGUCUUCGAUCAGCCUUUCUGUGUGCGGGAGAACACGCAAGGAUAGCACAGCAUCGUCAGAAAGUAUGUUAUGAUCGGCACAGUAGGGGCCCUGAAUAUCACAUUGGAGAUCGCGUAUGGUUGCACCGCCCAAGACCUCCGCCUGGCGCAGCAGCGAAGUUUCACCGACAGUGGCAAGGGCCAUACGAGAUUGUGUUCGUCCGUUCACCCACGGUGUAUGUCGUCCGAGAUGUCGCUCAACCAAAUUCCGACGUUCUGACCGUGCAUUACAAUCAGCUGAAACCAGCGGGAUCUUCAGCCUCUACUCCGAAGGAGGAAGUCGUCCCACCCGGAUGCCUACUGAUCGUGGAACACACUGUGGAGAUACCCCCGAAGGCGGCUCGGCGAGUAUUCAGGGCACUGAGACACUGAGGACAGUGUCUUCGCCGGAAGGGGGAGUGGUGUAAUUAAAUCGAAACCGCCAUGGGUCGUUUUAAAGACUACUUAAAUGAUCUCUUUCUUCUCUCUUUCAUUUGCAGAUUCUCGAGAAACCGCAGAUAUAUGAAAACGUGCGAAGGCACUUUACUGACCCAAAAACUCUGACAUUCCCUUUUUGUUUUGAUUGUCUUAUCAAGGUCCUGUACACUCCUCUGUUUUUUCCGGUUGUGGAUAAACGUGCUUCCUCCGUG